AAUCCGGUACUGUACUGUACAUUAUUAUAGCUUACAAAGGAAUGAUAGCUAUACAAAAUAACAUAGUAUACUUCAACUGAUUUGGAAGACCUAUGAUUUAACACACUCGGGGUACUGUUGUUUCAUCUUCGUCACUUGUCCGCUUAUUAACUGGUUACGAAAUCCAGCCCAAUUAUUUCAACGAAAAAUAAAGGAAUUAUAUUAUAAAAGAAAACGUACCAUAUGUCUGUAGUUCAAGCGACCCGUUGAACAAUAACACAAACAAGGAUGAAAAUUCUUCAGCAUUUAUGGAAGUAUCACCAAAGAGGAGUGAUCUUUGCAGAUUUAAGGUACCUGAAUACCUACAGCACUGAAAAAUUCCCAAGUUCAGAAGAAAAGCUUUCACAUGCUUAUUUACCAAAGUCAUAUUUAAAUACGGGAUCUGUAUAUGUUCACUGGCCAUAUUGCAGACAGAGGUGUUCAUAUUGCAAUUUUGUCAAGUUUAUCCCCCACCCAAAUUCACAUUGGACUAUUCAAGAUAACAUACUUGAAGAUGCCAUGGUUAAGGAGUUACAGCACAACCUUCAGCACUCACACAUUUCUUCUGUACAAUCCGUCUUUUUUGGUGGUGGUACACCGUCCCUUGCAAGACCACAUAUGGUUGAGAAAGUCUUGGCAGCAAUUGAGGAAGUAUGUCAUUUAGAAGAAAAUGCUGAAAUAACACUUGAAGGAAAUCCUACUUCCUUAGAAACAAAGAAGCUGAAAGACUUCAGAGCUGUUAAGGGCAUCAAUAGGGUUUCCAUUGGUGUACAGGCCCUUGAUGAGUCUUCCUUAAGGUUGCUGAAUCGUGACCACAGCAUCAAAGAGGCUAUGCAGUGUAUUCAUGUUGCCAAACAACUUUUUCCAGGCCGAAUGUCCAUAGAUCUAAUUUUUGGAAGACCUGCCCAGACAACACAAAGUUGGGCACAGGAGCUGGAGAAGGUGUUGAGUUUCUGUGAUGACCAUAUUUCACUGUAUCAGCUGACAGUGGAGCGUGGAACUAAGUUGUUUUGUCAAGUUAAAUCGGGGGAGGUAAUAAUGCCAAGUACAGACCAAAUGGCAGACUUAUAUGAAGUAGCAGUGUCCUUGCUCGACAGUUCAGGUUUCACGAGAUAUGAGGUCUCUAAUUUUGCCCGAGGGUAUUUGGCAGAGUGUGUUCACAACAAAUCCUAUUGGCAGGGUUUACAAUAUAUUGGUGUAGGUCCUGGUGCUCAUAGCCGUGUAGUUCCAAAAACUAUAAGUGAAAAUAAUAGUGUUGAUAAUCUUUGUAUUAGUAAGUUUUCCAGAAAGGAAACACAUUUUAAUAACUCUAGGAAUAAUGAAUUGCAUUCACUUCAAAAUAACAAUUGCCUUUCAAAAAAUGAUUAUAAUAACUAUACAGUUCGUGAAGCAAGAGUCAAUGCUGCAGAUCCAGCAAACUGGUUACGAGAAGUGACACUGAAUGGAUCUGGGGUACGUAAAAUUACACCACAAACAAUGUUUGAUGUAAUCUGCGAGUAUGUAGCGUCUGGAUUAAGGACAAACACAGGAAUUACUGCUGAAACCUGGAAUAUAUUGCUACCCCACAUUACCCUUUGGGAAGCAUUUCAUGAAAGUACUGUUUGGCUUCAAGAAAAUAAGUUGCUGCAAGUGUCCAGUGAAAGGGUAAAAGCUACAAGACAGGGAUUAAAUGUGUUAGAUUCUAUCCUUCCAUAUUUAUUAAAUAUAUUGGAAGAAAAAUUUACAAAAUUUGAUUAGAUGUGUACAAACUUUUGUUAACAAGCAGAUAUAUCAGUAAUAAAAAUAAAGAUCUCAUUCUGGCACAAAA